UCAUUUCUCAACAGAUCUUUGCAGAAGCUUCACUAGACGACUGUUGCGAUCAAAUUAGUCGUUUACCGAUGCAUCAGCUGAUUCUGGACUCUACUUUUAAUGUACGGUGAUAACUGAUAACAUAAACAUUGAUUUAGAGAUCAAGUCGUGGUGGUUUCCAAAUUAGCACCAGUGAAAGUGUAUUGUUUGUUAUGUGUAUUAGUGGACGGAUUUCAUGUGCAAAGUGACAAGCUUACUCAGUGUUUUCACGUGAAAGGACCUUGCAAGGACUUAGUGAUCUACUAUUAGGACGUUAUAUUUUUAAGAUGAAUCAAACUUGUAAAGUGUGUGGAGAGCCAGCGGCGGGUUUUCAUUUUGGAGCCUUUACGUGCGAAGGUUGCAAGUCAUUCUUUGGAAGAUCCUACAACAACCUAAGCUCAAUAUCAGAAUGCAAAAAUAAUGGAGAAUGCGUCAUAAAUAAGAAAAAUCGCACAGCUUGCAAAGCCUGCAGAUUACGAAAAUGUCUAUUAGUGGGAAUGUCGAAGAGCGGUUCUCGUUACGGUAGACGAUCCAAUUGGUUCAAGAUCCAUUGUUUGUUACAAGAACAACAACAACAACACAUGGCGCAUGUUUCGCAAAAUAUGAAACCUCCGCAAAAAUCUCUCCACCAACCUCCACUUAGUAUGGGAUUACUCGGGAUGAAUUCAUUCGCGUCGCCGCUACUUCAUCUGUCAAAACCUAAAGAAGAACAUUUCUCUCCAGGUUUAGACGACUAUAAACAUUCUGUAUCGCCGCAAGUUAGUUCACCGGAAUCGCAUAAUUCAGAUUCGUCCGUUGAAGUUAGCGACGCUCGAAGACUUCCGUUAUUCCCUGCUCUAAUGCCGCCUACGUUUCUACCACCUCCUGGUCUUUUAUUUUCAUCGGGCUAUCCUCCUUUGUAUCCCGGUUUGCUGCAGCCUGCUAACAACAAUAGAUUCAUGAGAAACCAUAAUCAUGGUGUAGAAGCUUUCAAUAAACGUGUGUUUUUAGACGCUGUGCUUCAAUCCCAACGAUCUCCGACACCCGAAGAAAGAACAACUCCCGCAUCGACGGACACUGCGAUGCAAGAAGAUCCCAUAGAUUUGAGUAUGAAGACCAACAGUGAAAGGGGCUCUUCUCCAGCACAGAGUGAUAGAUCUGGUUCGGGAACAGAAAGAGGGAAUGGUAGCGAAGCAGACGAAGAAAGUGAUUGCAAUUCAGACAGAGAAAUUAAAAGGAUACAGCUGCAUAGGCCCACUCCAUUAGAUUUAACAACGAAAGUGUGAUUUAAAGAAGUUGUUUCUUGUUUUUAAAAUUGCAUUUAGAGUACCUGAUAAAUCGGAGAGGAAGAUUUUCAGGUCAAUGAUUUUCUGGUCGAAUUUUCGUGAUAUUCGGAAGUAUUGCUAUAGAUUCUAAUUGUCUUAUAGUAAUUUGCCAGAAAAUUCUGAUAACAAAAUGAUAUUUUGUUAUAAAAUCCUCAAAAUUGAUUUUGGUUGAUACUUAAACAUAUUGAAAAUAUAAUUUAAUCAAGACACAAUCCACAAUUAACUUUGUAUAAACCACCUAGCACUAGUAUAACUCAUGAUUUUCAUUCAAUAUUGAUUUUUCAUUUAAUUUAGAGUGUGGUUCAUUUAGCUAGAUAUUAACUUCAUUAUUUCGCAGUGUAUUGAAUUUAUGCACUUUACUGGGUCAACAAAAUGUCUUUGGCAGGUCAUCCUCUCAAUUUUUACACCAUCCAUUAGACGUGUAUUGUUCUCUGGUACCUGUCAAUCCGGAAUCGGAGUUCCCACGGCGAUCUAGAUCUACAAGCUCGAAAACAAUGCUCAACAAUUAACUCUCCUCAAGAACAAUCAAUAAAAAUCUAACGGAACGAGCGUGGUUACACAUUUAAAGAAAACAUUGGUGUUAUGUAGUUCUGAAAUUGUUUCCUACAGCGCCGUGAUCAGCAUAUCUUAUCAGGAACGGACUAGUUGAUACGAAUGAUUUGAUUUGAAAUUGAAAUUAAGAGCACAGAAAAUAUUCACAAGCUUGUACGUUAAUUAUCUUUGCAAGCAAAUCAUUAAUGGUCAUGAGAAAUAAUCCAAAUGAAGUUGAGUACUAGAAGAGUACGAAUAACAUUGAAAAUUGGGUCACGGGAAGGCUUUAGACCCAUUAAAUUUCUCUUUAUUUUUCUCAAUUUGGAAACACUUUCAUAUUUUUCUCUUUAUAUAUUAUUUCUAGCUCUGCUAUAUGGUCUCCUAGCAUUUGACGUUUUUAUUGGCACCAUCAGAAUAGAUGCUUGAUCUUCUCUUCUCCAUUAGACUAUUUGCUAUAUUAUCACUCCCAAUUUCAGCAAUCUUGUACCAGUAAUGUCCAGUAAUCACCCCAAUAGUCUUCUGUAUUGAGUGAUUCGUAAAUCUUAUUAUUUUUUUUGUUGUGUCUUAGACAAGUCGCAUUGUAUACCUGUUUGAAUAUAAUAUAGCUAAUGUUUGGCUGGUAAGAAAUUACAAACCCAACAAUUUUUCGUAUAGUUUCGUCAGUUGUAUGAAUACAAAGAAUGUCACAAAACGUUUUCAGCCAAAAAAGUGUUAAGUCCUUCUCUGGUGAUCAGUAUAUCUGAUGUUAUAUGCAAACUCAUUUCUCUACGUGAGUAUUUGUGGCUCGACUUUUCAGUUUCGGUAUGUAAUAGUAUAUCUUUCAAGUGGAAAAUCAGUCACGAUCACAUAGUGGGCAAAGAGACAUAGUCAAAGAGCUCUUGUUGAGUGAUGAAAUCGCGUAUGCCCAAAACGAUUUUAAGCAAAAUUCUCUUAAAAUUUUCAAAAAAUUCCACUCUUUUCACAAAAAAAAUAUAUUUUCAGUUCUAUUUUCAAUAUAGGCACUUUGUAGAUUCAAUUGAAAUAGGGUACUUUCAUUUUUUAUAAAGUAUUUAUUUUUUUUUCCAUUUUAUCAGUUCUUAAUAUGAAAUAAUGCCAGACAGUAAAAUAUUUAAUCAAAAGUGAAAAAACAAAAUUGAAAAUCACAAAAAUUCCUAACUACAUAAGAAAACAAAUCUCAAUGGUUUUCAUUUGUGACGUUAUAGGUUUAAUAAAAACAUUGAGCUGUUGUCUGCCUGAUGAGCAGCAUAGCGUUAGGUUAUUUAGAUUUAUUUAAUAUUGACUUAGAAAACAACCUAAAAGCUCAAGAAGUUUUAAUAAAUAAAACAUUUUUCUAUAUAUAAGAAUAAAGUGAAUAAACCUUUUAUACGUUAAGUUCUUUUACAAUUACAUAAUCAUGUUAAAAAUUAAAAACAUAAUAAACUUAAUUACUAUAAAAUAUUAAAAUAAGUUGAAUUUGAAUCUUCUUUACAUUAAAAUGAUGCUGCCGUGCAAUAUUGCGGACUUACUGAAAUGUUGAAACUACCUACAAAAUUUUUGAAUUUUUAAUAAUUUCUCUCUCUAUAAAUAUUCAUCAAAAAAUUUAAAAAAAUUAUAAUAAAAGUUGUAUAUAGGCUAUCCAAAACUAUUUUUUUCUCAAACCAUGCAAGUAUCCUAUUGCAGUUGUAACGUAACGAGCUGAAAAUUUGAAAUGAAAACAUAGUCCUUAAUAGCAGGGCUUACAAAUCCAAUUCAUGUAAGACAUUCUAGGAGAUUCCUAUCCCAAAUUUUCUCCAGUGCUAAACUGGUCUAUUCAUUCUAUUCAUUACACCUUGAGUACUAAAAAUUCUUCUACGCUCUGCAGUUAUUAAAUCAUAGUUUUUGUGAAACGCAUAUGCAGUUCCUGAAAAAUCUAGAAUCUACUUUAGAACGUAAUAAUUCUUGUUGGAGCAAUUAAAUCAUUGUCAUAUUUUCAGUAAAAAUAAAUGAAAUAAGGUUUCAUAUUUAAGCAAUUCAAUAAAUAACGACCAUAACUAUAUCGUCACAGUUAUUUUCUUAUGUUAUUUCCAGAUUCAAUUAGAGCUUCUUCGAUUCAAUAUAGCAACGAAUUACGCAGCGAUAUGUGUGCUAACUUGUGAAUAAUAAUUGUAGCUACUAUAUCAAUUAAAAGACUAUUAAUUCAAAUGAAUAUACUAAUUUGAAUCUUUGCCAUUUCAAUUCAUCUUAGUCUGUAUAAUAGGUUAUGAAAAGGCUGAGAUUCUUUUAAGUCAAUCUACCAAACAUCAUCUACAAACGUAACACGCAUAUUUUUAUCAAAGGUAUAACACCUUAAUGUUUAUAGAAAUAAUUACGUCAAUUUUGAAACUAUUUUCAAAGUUUUUUAUAUGAAUUUAUCAUUUUUUGCUGUGGUACUGGGGAUGCUCAGUGUUUACAGCUGAUCCAUUAAGCCAUUCCUCUCAAAAAGGUCAGGUUGCGGGAUUGCUGAAGCUGCUAAAGAUCAUCUAUUUUUUACGGUUCCAUGUGCAAUGCUCUGAAGUUCCGUAGAGAAUGUUGAUAGAGAUUUCGUACUCUAUGUAUCUGUAUCCUCUAGUAAAUCUGGUUAAUACUUUCAAUUGAUAUUCGAUAGCCAACUAAUUAUUAUUAUUAUUAAAAAUGUCUUUAUUUUCUGUUCUAAUUCCCUAGUUACAUUUCAUCUGAUAGAUUAAAAAAAUAAAUACGUUGGCCGAUGUUCUGGCAAUCCAUAGAUGUCAUGUGUAUUAUCUACAAGUUUGAUGUAGGUACAAUAACUCUGUCUCUGGUAUAUGUGCAUCCCAGAAUCUUUCGGCUGAAAUAUCUAACCAACUAAUAGUCUUUACAGAUCGAAACUUGAUUAUAAAAACAUCAGUAAACGUUUCCACAAAUUCAACCUUGUAUUUCACCAUGAUAAAAAAACAAGAUUUCCUUAUUUCUAGUCACACUUUUAACCUAUAUUACAAAUAUAUUUGUACAUUGAAUUUAGUAAAGUCACAAAAUACGUUCAUUGAUUUUCUUGAAAUUAUUUUGGCUUCGAAAUUUUGAAUUAACUAAUAAAUUUGAUUGAUGCUGUUAUGCUUCUGAUUAGUGAUUACGUGCCAAUUGCCCUCCUAAUCAAUAUCUAAUUUCCCUAUUAAUCUCAUCGGAAUUAUAGACUCGAUCAAAAAUGUUUCUUGAUAUUAAAUAUGUACUUCUAGGUGGUCUCUUAAACCAGAUAACCAAAAUCAGUUUUAAGGAAAUUGAAGACUUCUUCUAUGAGGUCAAAGUUUUUUGAUACACGUGUUAUUUUGUAAUUACUCUAACUGUUUUUUUUUGUUUUAAAUUAUGUUACCAGUUGAAAAAAAAAUAAAAGAUUCGGCCUUGACGAGUAGACACAGCGGUAGGUACUGUGUAAUUAUAAAGAUCUGUUCUCUAAUUUCUUCUAUUUAGUGUCAUAUUGAAUGACACUUUCAAUUUUUUGCCGACAUCUUGACGAGAUAUUUUUAAAAUGCCGUAACUGUUCAGUAAUAAUGUAUAACAUAAGAUAUACAUCGCCAAUUUUAUGAAAUGCAAUCUUCUUAAUUUGUUUUCAUUUGAAUGGAGUUUAUAUCAAAUUUAAAAUAUUAAUAUUUUCUUCCAUACAUAAUUUCUGUUCUGUAUAUAUUAUAAAAAAUAUUUACUCAAUACAAGCUAAAUAUCAUAUAAUUUUCGUGUAGCUACAUUAAGAAUUAUUAUACUGCAUCUUAAAAUCACAUUUUUUGGAGGAAAAUCAGACUCAUAAGAUCAACAAUUCAUAUAAUCGAUACACUGUAGAUUUACUGUUAAAUUCUAGUCAAAUUUAUAUUCGGGUGGAAUCACUCGAAAUAUUCUGAGUUUUAAGGACUCAACCCCAAGGUACUUUUUUCACACAUACUUUCACAAUAUUUGGUCACGCCACAUCCUUCUAAUGACUGUAAUAUUUACAUCAAUACUAUUAUAUAAUUAACAGACUUUGCAGACUUUUCUUGCUCGUUCUAGCUUGUUAUCUAUGUUGUCGUCGAUGUAACCUUUCCCGUUUUGUCAUAGGAGUAAUAUCACUAUCCCCACAUCGACAAACUAUUGCUGAUUAUCAAAAUGAAUGGCCCAUGUAAAGUGUAGGAUCUCUCAACUUCUUGUAUAGUUCAAUUACCAUUAUGGUAAUUUUAAAAUAGAGCUUGAUAUGGUAUGAGGUAGUCGCCCUGAAAUAUAUUUGUUACACAUUUCCUAAAAUUCAUCUGACACUGUUAACAUUAUAGAUAUCUUGUAUUUUCACUUGUGAGUGCGACUUAAUCCCAAUAAUCCCAUGAUUAAUGCAAUCUAUGCAGAAAAACUAAUGAAAUAUUCCGGUUUUGCUCAUUUAGUUUCGUCAGAAAAAAUGAAUAAUCCGCUGCUUCAUUGACAAAUUUAUCCAGUUCCUUUGUUGUGAAAGCCUUGACUUUUUGUAUUCGAUUGCCUUGCACUGGCGUUUUAUGAGCACCUGUAGCUUCAUAUAAUUUUCCAUAUGAAUGUUAUGGUGGAUAUUCAGAAUACUUUAUAGCAUAUUAUUUAAUUGACAACAGUAAAAACUGUCAUUAGUUGUCAAUAUUCCCUUAUCAAUCCAUGUGAUAGAUGAAAAUAUUCAUAUACCAUAUGGUGGUCAUUGAAAAGAGAUGGUGCUUCAUAGAACCAUAAGAAAAUAUGAUUAGAAGGACUUAUUGAUUGAUGGAAUUAAUUUUUCAUCUCUUCUCUGAUUUGGUCGAUGAUUUAACGGGAGAAAUUUUUAUAAUUCUUCUAUAUUGUUCCUCCAGUUUAUGGACCUCUUCUCUUUGAUGUUUCUAGCCAGUAUCCAAAUGGUCACGUCAUCUAUACUACAUGUUUUAUUUAUUUUUCUACCUUUGCUUCCUAUCCAUGAAUGUCUUCUCAAUGAUUCUGCUUAGCAUCCGUUAUCCUGCAGUCUUCAGAAGUCUUGGUCCUGUAUUCGGUCUCGUUUCAGAGUAAAAAGUUGUACAAUCGAUUAUCUUAAUGUGGAAAAUUUAGACAACCAAAGAAAUUUUGUUCACUUUAUGGUUUUAUUAAUAUAUCAGUACUUAAUUUUAUGUUUUCUUCUAAUGUAAGAAAUGUCUACGCCGGAAAAACGUUUUUUGAAUCUCUAUCGCUUUCAAUUUACAGUUUUACGUUUGCAGCUGUCAUUUGAAAGAAGUUGACUUUAGGAAUAACAUUUCCCCAUCAAAAUUUGUCAUUUUAGAUUCAGGAAUAGAUAUAUGAAAAUACUAUGAGAACAAUGAUAAUACUAAAUUCAUCACAUUUGAUUCUUUCGUUCAUAAGCUAGAAUUUGUAAUACUUUUUUUCAUUGAUGUUAUGAAACUAGAGGGACAGGUCUUUGUAACAACGAAUCUAUUGAUAUAUUUUUUAUAUUAUUGUAAAUAGAAAUUUGGAUGUUUUGUAAAUAUUAUUUAAUAUUUUUAUAAAUUUGUAUAGUGAUAAUCAAAAUGCUACUCUGUUACUAGUAGUAUUAAGAUAAUAUAGCCGGCCAGUAUAUAUUAUUCUAUUUUAUUUAAAAUAUCGAAUCAGAAUUUAACACUGAACAGUGCAAUUAGAUUAUUUUGUUUAUUUUAUUGUAUGGCCCGCAAAACUUUGAAAGUGUGUACAUUUGAUCUAGCUCAGUAUUUUAACAAUUUAUCCACCACCGUUUGUUUGUAUAAAAUCACCUUUUUAAUCCAUUUCCAAUUGAAUUUAAACCCUACACAUUGUGUAAUAGUUGAAACGACUCUUAUGGAAGAUUGAAAAUUCUCGAUCAAAAUUUUAAGUUUUCAGGUUCAGCUCUGCUUGACAAAAGACUAAAUUAAGUAUGUUUCAGAAAUUUUUCAGAAAAUCUAUUUUUUUGUUUAUGUCGUAUAUGGAAAGUGUUAAGAAAGUUAAUGGGAUAAGUUCUUAAGAAUCAAUAUCUAGGCGCUUAUACUAAAGUCAGUUAUCAACUACAAUUUUCAAUUAUCACUACUGGUUUCACAUUUAUUAGUGAAAAUUCAAUAAAAGUAGUUAAAAAUCUCAGAUAAAAUGUCAUUCUCCACAAAUCUACCUCCUAUAUCUGUACAUUUUUCAAUACCUUUUCGGAAUUAUCCAAAACGUUCCGAGUAAUCGAUCGAAAAGCGCAAGUUAUUCUGUUUUUCAACAAUUUACGAUCAUUUGGAAUAUAUUCUAGAAUAAACUAUGCAAUUUACCCUUCCCUAGACAAAAAAAUUAUUGUCAGGUCUGGGGAUGUAGCAGGCCAUUGUGUCACAGUCAUUCACGCAAACCAAACUAUUUAUUUAGCCAAUGAGUGAUUCUUUGCAUUUUUUUCCCGGUGAAGGGAGCGCAUUUAAGUACAGAGUGUUGGACUCUAAAUUUCAUCAAACUGCGCAAUAUAUUACUUCGGGUCGGGCUCUCUCAUUCCUCUCUUCGGGCGCGCUCCUUUCUUUCUCUCGUUUAACUAGCUGUCUGAUCUAUGUCUCCUUCCGGUACGUAGAACUCCUCGAAUAUAUUGAGAAACCAGAUUUCAGUGGUUCUCUUUUCUUAACAUCUAUAUCUCUAUAGUGUCUGAUGACAGUUUGAUGAUGUGCUACUCCAGUUUCUCUUUGUUCGCCGUCCAUCGUACAUAGUAGAAAACUUGUUUAGAGUAUCAUCCUGCACUCCAUCACUGUAGAAACAUUCCUUCGAAUCUCUCGUAUCCAUCACGUGCGCAAAAUAACUAUUUCUGGAUAGGAAUUUACCUAACUUCGCCAUUGUGCCAUAUCAAUUGCAUCGUCCAUAUUCCUCUUUGAUUACGCUUCCAAGAAUUUUGUCGUUCUCCCAUUGUUUGAGUCCUUUUUCUCAUUCCGAAACUUCGGCUUUUCUCAGGUAUUUUCAAAAAAAUAAACUCAUCCUUUGUUUUGAGGACGGUAGCCGUCAUGUUGAAAGAAAAGAGUCUAUGGGGUAUUUGAAGAAAGUUCGUUAAUGAUUCUUUACAGAGUUUGUAAGAUAGUAUGCUGAUUCAACUUUUCUCUAAUAAAAAAAAGUUCGAUGAUCCCUAGCUCGUAUGACAUGGCACACCAAACAUUCAGUUGGUAAUGGGAUCGCCUUCACUCUAAUAUGGACAGUUUUAGGAAGACAGUGGAUUAUUUGUGAUCAGAGUACUUUCGGUUUUCUAGAAUUAGCUCCUAACCUUCUCUAAAAACUUUGGCAGUUAGAUGCUGCUUUGGAAAAUUUCGAUAUGUUUGUAAUAACAUUUAUUCAUUGCAGUAUUUUGUAUGUUUUAUUGAAAACAGCAAUAACUAUCUACAUUUAUCGAUCAUUCGCCAUGUCCAUAACACUGAAUGUAUUCUUUAACCAUUUAUUUCAAAAGAUUCAUAUUAGUCUUUGAUUUGUAAAAUGAAUGCAAAAAAUUAUUAUUUGAUAUAGCAAUCUAAAUAUUGAUUCUAAUCAAACUUAUUUUACUUUUUGUCGUAUUUUCCACAUAAAAUGCACUUUACUAUAGAGAAAAAAAGGUUUUUUUCAAAUUUCUAAACAUUUAAUUUUCCAAAACUAAAAUAAUGAUAGAAUUUAGUCUAUGAUAGAGCAGGUAUGGACUCUUCAAGAAAAAUUUAAAUCGAGAUUUUUUUUAUGUUUUCAUAAAAAUCAUUCCACUUAUCCGGGACACAAUAUAUAUAAAUAUGCAGAAAUAUUUUUGUAGAUUUUUUUCAAAUUUUGAUGUUCCUGUUCUUAAAUAUUAAUUUAAAUAAAUUUAUUUCAUUACCAAACUUUCAGUUUAUUGAAAAAGAUAAAAUUUGUUGAAGUACGUAAGUAAUUGAUAAUUUAUAUCAAUUUUUUUAUCAAUAAAUGUAAUUUAUAGCUAUAUAAAAACAAUAAAUUUUGUUUAAAAAAUUUAAACUUAAUGAUAAAAUAUUCAAACAGGUUUUUUGAUAUAGUGAUAUUUGAAUUUUGUAUCUUUCAAUUCAAUUCAUCACGCACAUUUUGUGCUUAAUAGUUUCUAUUUUUUUGUUAACCCCACUUAAACCACUCAUUAAAUUCUGUGAUCGUUUCAUUUAGUAAUGGUUUUUCACCUAAAUGUUGUAAUCAAUAUUCUUAUUAUAGAAAUAUUUGUAGAAUAGAUCUAUUCAAUGACGCGUUUGCACGCCUGAAACUAAUGAAAUGCAUUUCAAAAAAUUUUUCACAACCAGCAGCUGUAGUGUUAUAAAAAGAUUGUUAUUGUAACGUUUUUCGUAUUUAUGUACACUCUUUCUAUUCGUGGUGUGAAUUAAUAAACAGAGUCUCUUACGUUCUUAAUUUAUUCACACACUAUACACAACUUUCGUUCUAUUCACUACGACUAUUUACGAGUAUUUAAAACUAACCCCCUGCAUUUACACAAAUCAUUUAUAUACCUAAAUAAAAUUCUACAAAGUUCUAGAUCAAAAAGAAACAAAAUAAGUAAAUAAAUAGAUUUUCCAGGAAAUUAUUUAGAAGAAAUACUAUAAAUAAACUGCCCGCUUUAAUAAAAAGUUAUAAAAAAUGUGAAAGACGCUGCGCGAAUAAUAUAUAAUAAUAUUAGAAGAUAACCAGAAAAAUAAAAGAGAAACCCGAACAUUUAUACACAAUAGGGGAUGUAAACUUAAAGGUAAUAGCAGACAUAACAAAUAAUGAGAUAAAUAAAGGAUAUAGUCCUACAAACUAAAAACGAUCAUACUGAGAGAGAUACGGACAUUGAAUUGAAAAUAAAAAACGAUGAUACAGUAACUAUACAAAUAUUAACAUAUGUAAGUGAAAAUUGGACAUUGAGUAAGAAGUAUGAAACGAAGAUGUACUCAAUAGAGAGGAAUCACCUAAAAUAAUAGCGAGAAAAGAAGCUGAGACAAAUAUAGAAACGACAAUAACAAGUAACAUUCAAUAAUAAGAAAAAUAAAGAGAAAAUAGUUAAAUUUGUAUAGACAUUUUUACAGAAUGGAACCAGACAUACCACAAAAAAUAUAUAAGCAGUAUAUCAUAUUAAGAGAUCGAGAAAAAAUAGACUAAGAGAAAGAGACAAACAAAAAAAAGAAGAUAGAGAAUGAGAAAUGGAAAAUUCUAGAUGAAAUGAAAAGAUUAGAAUGAGGAUCAUUGAGUUCAAAGAAAACUGCAAUCUUCGUUCUACAACUAAAAAUAUGUGAGGAAGAUAUUAGCAACUUGUUGGUAACUGACUUAAGAAGUAUAAACUCACCAUUUUCUUUUCAAUUUUCAAAAAGUACUUGUACAUUUGUGACAUUGACUUGUAGUGCUAAUCGCUACGCACUAUUAUAUUUUUUGUGCUUUGAUUUGCCAUUUCCCUUCUCGUAACCAUCGUAAACAAAAUCUUUUUGUUGUCACGGUUUCAUUUUGGCACGGAUCUUGAGUUAGAUGAUUUGUUAUCGGCACUAGUUACAAUAGUAGCAAUAUAGACAAGCAAACACUAGUAUGAGGCAAGCAAUAUCACUUAUAAAAUGAUCCGUCAUUAAUAAAACUUAUUCGCUUAAUCAUUUAAAUGAUACCAUAUUAUCUUUAGUAUUUCAAUAAAGCUAACAAAAAUAAAUUUUUCAAUAUGAAAAUCAUCUAAAAUAGGAAAAACUUGUUCGAAUAUUUCAUCAAUUUGUUGAUAAUUCAGCUCUUCAGACCUUUAUACUUCAACCAAACAAAGCAAAUAUGUUAAAUUAUUAUGUAAAUUAUAUUUAUUAAACCAAAUACCGAAAUUGUUCCGAAAGAUCCACGAUUGGACUUUCGUAAAAAAAUUGUACAUACAUAAUGUUAGGUAGUUUUGAUAUAUGUUUUUUCUAUGUUUUCAUUUUAGUAUUUUCCUUUGUUAUUAGGGGACUCGGGCCAGUUGUGAUUGUUGUGUUCUGUGUAACUGUACGUUUGCAUAAACCCAAAAUAAAAAAAAAUGAAACAGA